CUCAUUCGCAAGCAGUCAUCUUGGAACCUUCGCAGUGACCCUUCCGGGGAUAUGUGCUCUGAGAAUGGGGAGUUAGACUUCGAUAUUCCCGAGUCAACCGUGGAAUGGGAGAGCGGAUACUCGCGCGAAAAGAAGAUCGAGAAGCCCAAGCCAGGCUCCAGGCCUGUUCGUCCGCAGAAUGAUGCAGGCGGUGUGGGUACCUUCAGGGGCGUGGUUCGAUGUUACCAUGGGUUCGCCUUCUUCCGCGGCAUCUUCUAUCUCGUCCUGAAGUGGAUUUCUUACGGUUUGGACAAGCUUCUUUCCCGGAUGGGCAUAACUGCCCGCCCACAGUGGUUGAAAUCCGCGGUAGGGUCACCAAAGGACUCGCAGAAGAAGAGAAAGGGCAACCGCAUGGAUACUCUAGACUUUUGGAUUUUGACAGAUGAUGGAGUUUUAGAGCUGCCUGACGAUCAUGAAUUCGAUGUAGAAAGAGAGAUGCGGAAAAGAGAAAGGAAUCAGGCCGCUGGCUGGGAGGAAUCCGAUGAACGCCGGCUUGAUGAGAAACUCUACGGUUGGUGGAAAGUGGGAGGCUCCUGGGGCAAUCAGGACCAGACCUCUGACUAUACACCGUCUGUUGGUGAUUGGGAAGACACCACGAGCGUCAUAUCGAUGUCGACAACGGCCGACUCCGAGUGGGAAGGGUACGAAUCCGACGGCCGUCGCACUCCCACUCAAGAAGACCCCUUUCCAGGUCGUUUCUCCCGAGAAAGUACUCCGGCUCAUGAACCGCUCGUGGAUAUCGGCGCCUUGGCACGACUGCUGGAUCCUCGCGAUCAAGAAAGCAGGCACGAAGCGCGCAUAUUGUCUGCUCACCUGGCUGCCGGCCGUGAGGGUCGGAUAAUGACCCGUCGGCAGUUCCAGAAGCACGUUGAACGCGACCGAGCCCAAAUUUUGCUAAGCUCACGAUUGGCACGGCCUUCCACAUAUGAAUCUACUAACGGCAAGCGCAAGCCUACCUCCGAGGAAGAAGCUGAGCUUCUCGAAAACCUCAUCCUUUCGCGAAGAGCCGAGAUGUCAUCCGCUCGAAGCACAGACGAGCAGACGUGGGAAUCGGGCGCCUCGGGUCUUGGUCCUAGCGGGCCGCCAUGCGUCAUUUGCCAGACCAACCCACGGUCCAUCAUCACCUGGCCAUGUCGGUGUCUCUGUAUUUGCGAAGAUUGCCGUGUCAGUCUUGCGAUGAAUAACUUUGGAAAUUGUGUGACAUGCCGCCAGGACGUUGCAGGCUAUGUCCGGCUAUGGGUCCCAUAA